CAAACACACUUUCAGAUCAACCGACUUAUUAUAGAGAGAGAAACCACAUUUCUAGAGAGAGAAAACCGAACAACAACAACAAUGGUGGAAGAAGCACUGAAAACAGACGAUUCAAAGCCAAUCGACGACACCAAAACCAGAGGCGUUCGAUCGGACGGAGAAGAAGACGAACAGCUGGAAGAAGGAGAGAUCGCCGGCGGUGACAUCGACGGCGACACGCUGUCGUCGUCUUCUUCGAGGCCUGGUACGGCCGUAGUGCAGCAUCCGCUCGAACACUCGUGGACGUUCUGGUUUGAUAACCCUAGCGCCAAGGCUAAACAGGCCUCUUGGGGUAGUUCUAUGCGCCCUAUCUACACUUUUUCAACAGUUGAAGAGUUCUGGAGCCUUUACAACAAUAUACACCGACCAAGCAAAUUGGCUUCUGGAGCCGACUUCUAUUGCUUCAAAAAUAAAAUUGAGCCAAAGUGGGAGGACCCUGUGUGUGCUAACGGUGGAAAGUGGACUAUGACUUUUUCAAAGGCCAAGUCUGAUAUGUGUUGGUUGUAUACGUUGCUAGCAAUGAUUGGUGAACAGUUUGAUCACGGUGAUGAUAUAUGUGGAGCAGUUGUUAAUGUCAGAGCAAGGGGAGAAAAGAUAUCUUUGUGGACCAAGAAUGCUGCCAAUGAGAGUGCUCAGGUGAGCAUUGGAAAACAGUGGAAGGAGUUUCUUGAUUACAAUGAGAUGAUAGGGUUCAUAUUUCAUGAAGAUGCGAAGAAACUUGACAGAGGUGCUAAAAACAAAUACACAAUAUGAGGUGGGCGCGCGUGUUUUGGUAGUGAAACUUAGGUUGUUGGUACACUUGGACUGCAAGUAACUCUUGUUUUUGACAUGGGUAAUCUUUUUUCAUAUGUUGAUGAAUGUACUUCACUAACAAUCUAUGAUACUUUCUCAAACAACUGCUGUUAUGAUAGGAGGACAGUUAAGGUUGUUGGUAACUUGGAGUUGGACUGCAAGUAACCCUUUUCAUAUAAUGAUGAAUGUACUCAACAAUCUA